UUUCAUUCACUUAAAAUUUUUUUUAAACGUGUGAAUAGACUAUAUUAAGAUAUAGUCGAUUCAUUCGUGCGUGCGAAUAGACUUACCCUUUAAAAAAACCCUUAGCUGGAAUUUUUCUUUGUUUAUAGUUACGCGUAGAAAGAAACUUUGUCCAAUUUUUAAUUUACUCCUUUUUUUAAGCAAAGCUUUCACAUUAGGAAACUUAAUUAGUCAAUAACAAAUAUAAAAACGUUUAGUAAAGGACAGUAUUACUGUUUGUAUAACAAAGUAUAUUGCAGUUUAUAUAAUAUUUUUACCUUGUAGAUAUUUUUUUCAAUAUUUAUUAUAAAGUUUAGUAAAUGAUGAACGAAUAUAAUUUUUAAAAAAUUUUCAAUAAAAUCAUAUUAUUGAAACAAAUUUAGUUGGAAUGGUACAUAAACUGUCGGAAUGGUGUAUAAACUGUCGGAAUGGGACAUAACCUGUCGGAAUGGGACAUAACCUGUCUUAAUAUGACUUUUCGCUUUGAUUUUUAUUUUGAAUACAUAUAAAAAAGUAUUUGAAAUAAGAUUUUACCUUAAUAUUAUAAAUCUAUAAAACCUAAAUCAAUUAAAUAUUACCUAGAAAGAAAGAGACGAAGUGAGAGAAUGAAAUCGAGAGAGCCAGAGACAUUUGUAUAUGAGAGUGUGAUUUUCGCAAUUUAUCCAUUUAUUUUUUCUUUUCAUAAUAAAAAGGUUGAUCUCAGUGAAGAGCAAAUAGCUGAAUUUAAAGAUGCUUUUGCGUUAUUUGACAAAGAUAACGAUGGAGCUAUUAGCAGUAAAGAACUAGGAGCUGUUAUGAAGAGUUUAGGGCAAAAUCCUACAGAAGCUGAAUUGCAAGAUAUGGUCAAUGAGGUUGAUACUGAUGGGAACGGCACCAUAGACUUUUCUGAAUUUUUGACAGCAAUGGCUCGAAAAGUAAAAGAGACAGACUCAGAAGAGGAAGUUAAAGAAGCUUUUCGAAUUUUUGAUAAAGAUGGCGACGGAUACAUAAGUGCAGCCGAAUUAAGAGUUGUCAUGACCAAUCUUGGUGAACGAAUGACUGAUGAAGAAGUAGAUGAGAUGAUUAGGGAAGCAGAUAUCGACGGAGAUGGCCAGAUAAAUUAUGAAGAGUUCGUGAUUAUGAUGAAGUCUUAGUUAUUGUUUUGAACUUAACAAAAAAUUAAAUUAAAUUUGUUUACUAUUUAUGAUAAAUAUAUAAAAUGUUUAUAAAUGUUUAUAGUUAUGUAAAAAGUUAUAGAGCUAUUUUAUAUAGAACUGAGUUUUAAAGAAUUAUAAAUACAUAAAUAUUAUAAA